AUGGCUCUACACAGAAGAUUACUGGCCGAGAGUGUGGACCGGGCCGCUGAGCUUGAUCCAGAGAGACUCUUCGCCGUCAUCCCGAAAGGGUCGGAGCUUUCCGAUGGCUUCCAAAAUCUGACCAUGGAGAGAUUGUCCCAAGCUGUGAACUUCCUAUGCCAGUGGAUUGAAAACACUAUUGGCACAGGUGGUCCACGGGAAACACUCGCAUAUAUGGGAAAUAAUGAUGUGCGGUAUUGUAUCUUUAUUCUCGCUUGCCAAAAGACUGGGCAUCAGGCCUUUCUGCCCUCGGCACGGAAUGCGGAUGAAGCCCAUAUUUACCUGUUGAAGGCGACACAUUGCACCAAGUUUUUCUUUGCCGAAGAGCGAAGUACACGGGUCCUGGAGUUGAAGGAACUCAAUUCUGAUCUAGGGAUCUUUCAAGUUCCAUCACUGAAAUUGAUGCUGGCUGAUGAGAAUGGCUUGACUUCUUACCCUAUCAAAAAGUCAUACAACGAUGUCGAAGACACAGUAACGUGUAUCAUUCACAGUUCGGGAACUACUGGUAUGCCAAAACCUGUUCCUCUUACCAACGGAUUUUGGAGCGCAUUUGACAACCUAGCCAAUCUCAACUGGCCCAAAGCUCGUCAGCCAUCCAUCUUCUUCCGCAUGGGCCAACAAGAUCUUGCCUUGGCAACAACACCAUUCUUUCAUUUGAUGGGACUGUUCUCUUUUGCACUUGCCAUAUUCCACGAUGUUCCUGUUUUGAUUGGACCCGACAAGCCCCUAUCAGUGGAGUAUCUCACUGAACUUUUGCAAAUCACUCGUCCAACAACUGGGAUGUUCCCGCCUUCUAUCCUGGAGGACAUGAGCCACUCCCCAGACGCCUUGGAAUGUCUCAGAAACCUAAAGUCUGUUGAGUUUGGGGGUGCUCCACUGGCCCCGGAAACAGGUGACAGGCUUCGCCAGUAUACCCAAGUCAUUCCUGUUAUUGGGACCAGCGAAAUCGGCUGGAUCCCCUCAAUGGUACCCGAAGAAGGGGCUGACUGGAGCUACUUUGAGUGGAACGAUAGCUAUGGCGUUGAUAUGCAAAGUGUGGGUGACGGGCUCUACGAGAUGGUUAUUCAGCGCCAUCCCGAAUCACGGGCCCUACAGGGCAUCUUCCACACCUUCCCCGACAUCGAAGUCUAUCGAACCAAGGAUGUCUAUACGCGACACCCCACAAAGAACUAUCUCUGGAAGUUCGACGGCCGCAUUGACGACGUCAUUGUUCUAAGCAACGGCGAGAAGUUUAACCCGACCACCAUGGAGACGAUCAUCGAGGGACACGAACUGAUCGCCAAAGCGAUUGUGAUUGGCCAAUCUCGAUUCCAGGCUAGCUUGUUGGUCGAACCAAAUGUUGGCAUCACAGAGAUGGAUACAGGGACCUUCAUUCAAGAAAUAUGGCCCACUGUCCAAGCAGCAAAUCAAACGAUCGCUGCUCAUGGUCGCGUGAUGAAGAGCCGGAUUGGGAUUGUUCCCAAGGGAAAGACUUUUGAAAGAACUCCAAAAGGAAGUGUAAAGCGACGAUCCGUGCUUGAGAAUUUUGAAAAGGAGAUCAAUGAAAUCUACCAAGCUGGCCUCGAGGAGGACCUUGAGAACUCUCUCCCCGAGAGCCUAGACCGGGCCAACAUCUUGAAGUACACUCGUGAAAUCUUCUCACAGGUUUUGGAGAAGCCCGGAGUGGCCAUCGACCAGGAUCUCUACAGCAUUGGACUCGACUCUCUGAUGACUAUGCAAGUGGCCAAGGUAUUGGAACGAGGUAUCCAGCAUAGACAGCCAACCAUGAAGCCAGGAAUCAUCAGUCCUCAAACCAUCUACUCCAACCCGACCGUGAAUCUUUUGGCGGGAGUGAUAUCCGACAUUGUGGAGGGAAAAUCACAGAAAAUCAUUCCCCGCGAUGUGAAGAUCAAUAACAUGGUCGAGAAGUACACAAGGGAUCUCCCCGAAACCAGUUCCAAAGAGCUACAGCCAUCAGCAUCGCCAACAACAGUGAUAUUGACUGGAUCGACUGGCUCCCUAGGGACAUACCUUUUGCACGACUUGCUCAAGACGCCAUCAGUUUCCAAGGUGUUCUGUUUGAACCGCUCAGACGCCGAACAAAGACAGAAAGAUGGCUUGGAAGAAAAGGGCCUUCUCGUGGAUACCAAUGAAUGGGCAUCCAAAGUCGAGUUCUUGCAAGCAUCAUUUGGAGAUGCUCACUUCGGACUGACCGAAGACAAAUAUAAGGAGCUCCUACAAUCGGUUGAUACCAUCAUUCAUAAUGCGUGGAAGGUUGACUUCAACCACUCGGUGGAGUCAUUCGAAGACACUCACAUCAAGGGAGUACGCAACUUUGUCGAUUUCAGUCUGAAGAGCAAGUACAAUGCCCACAUCCAUUUUGUCUCCUCCAUCAGCACGGUCGGUGCUUGGACAACACAAAUGGGACAAUCGGUACCUGAAGUCCCCAUGGAAGACAGUGCCGUUGUUCUUCCACAGGGAUACGGCGAGUCCAAACACGUCGCAGAGAGAAUCUGUCUGGAGGCAUCGCGUCGCUCUCAUGUUCCCACCACUGUCUACCGAGUUGGACAGAUUGGAGGGCCAACAACCGUGAAAGGAAAAUGGAACCCACAGGAGUGGCUUCCAACCAUCAUUGCCACAUCAAAGGCAAUGGGUAAAAUUCCUGCCCGCCUUGGGUCAAUGCCCGUGGAUUGGAUUCCAGUUGACACCCUAUCUUCAAUCAUGACAGACAUUGUCCACACAAGACAUGGAGAUCAAACCGAAUUCCCCCACGCGGUCUUCCACCUCACGAACCCCGAAACAGCCUCUUGGUCCUCGCUCAUUCCAGCCAUUCAACAAAAAUACAAUGUUGAGCCAGUCGAGUUCGCCGCCUGGGUUGCAGAGCUUGAGAGCGUUGAAAGUCCGUCUAGUGCCGACGUGGCUGAGAAACCCGCCCUCAAGCUGCUCAGUUUCUACCGCGGUCUUGUUGAUGACACCAACGCCGCAAUGUCGGUGGCUUUGGACGUUCAGAAAACAAAGGAAGCCAGCAAGACAAUGAACUCCCUUCAACCAAUUUCUGCACCAUUGAUGGCAAACUGGUUGAAGCAGUGGCAGUUCUGA